AUGACGCUGUUUCGGGCGUUUCUGCUUUUGGCGGCCGCCGUCACGUCCUCAUAUGCUUCCCUCAAGGGCUACGAUGAGGACUUCGUUAUGAGAUUUAUCAAUCGUUCCCAGACACUCGACAUCGACGAAAAAUGCCGAGACAGCCUCGGAAAGGUCCACGAAUACCUACAAGAUCAUGAUACUCUCGAAACUCAAAGUAUCAACUACUAUGACUCCUUCGCGACAGGUCCCUCACAUUUGUUCCUGUCGCGAGAUCAAGAUCGAUGGGUCUAUCGCGGUUAUGGUUGCCUCGUUUCGGCAGGUGAAACCAUCUACUCAAAGAGCGAGUAUCCUAUGCACUUCUGCUAUUCGCAUGAUGAUACCGACAGUCCGGUAGAGGCUUACGGAGUUUGCCUUCCGACACCGUGUGCCGACGAUCAUGUUGAUUUACUGAAAGAAUGGCGAGCAAUGACGAAACCUGAAGAGGCUGAUCUACCGAUGGACUUUACAUCAUGUACUCGAUCAAGACACGAGAAGCAAUGGUUUGAGAAAUUCAUACCAGUGGCUGAUCUCGCCUUCAAUUUGCUGCUUCUGAUGCUUGUCAUAAUGGCCACAAUAUUUCACAAUAUGAGAGGAGAAAGUGUCAAAACGAUGUCAAGCCGGAUUCUUUUGGCAUUCUCGGCAAAAAAGAAUCUACAGCGGCUAGUGCAGUUGCCGAAAGACCCUCAGUCAUGUAUUACAUGCAUGUUCGGCAUGAGAGUUCUGUCCAUGAUCUGGACCCUUGUGGGCCAUUCGUUCAUCUUUGUUCAGGCAUAUUUGGAGAAUGUUGAGUACUUCAAAACGUCUAUGGUUAACAAUUUCUGGAAUCAGUGGAUCACCAACUUCACUCUUAGCGUUGAUACCUUUUUCGUGCUAGGCGGAACUGUGCUUUCUUAUUCAUGGUUCCGAAAAUGGCUGAAGAAUACCACUGAAGAAGAACCCACAUGGACGUCUUACAGCUACUGGUUACGUUUCUACAGACAUCGUGUAGUACGACUGUGGCCAGCGUAUCUGUAUACUUUGAUGGCAGUCACCUUGAGACUUUCAGUAACCCACUUCCAUCCCAUGUGGCCUCCAACCGAUCCAGCCAUCCAAUGCCCAAAGCACUGGUUCGAAAAUGUUUUCUUCAUCAACAGUCUAUUCAACAACAGAUGUAUGCCCUGGACAUGGUAUAUUGGCACAGAAUUCCUCUACUACCUCGUUUCCCCGAUCUUCUUGCUCACUCUGCGGCAAACGCCAAAACUCGGAUUGGCUCUUUGCUUGUUCACCAUAUCGGCUUCGGCUGGACUCAAUACCGUCAAAAUGGUCCAGAGAAAUUUCCCUCCAACACAAUUCCUGUGGAGACAACCAGAAAUGUUCAAUCCAAACUUCAUACAGCAUCACAUUGAAAUCUACAUCAAACCGCAGUAUCGUAUUGGACCAUAUAUUAUUGGCCUGAUGCUCGGCUACAUUUUGGCUAAUUUCCAACGACAAGCGAUCAAACCCAUGAGAAGUGCGGCAUUCGUUGCAACCGGCUGGCUUGUUGGCUUCUUGUGCGGAUUUUGGGCGCUAUUCGGACUUUAUCCAUCUCUACAAGGAUGGAAUUGGCCUUUGUAUCACCUCGUCUAUGGAACAAUUCAUAGAGAUGUGUUCGCGAUAAGCAUGGCCUGGUUGAUAUAUGCAUGCCAUACGGGUCUUGGAGGCAUCAUCAAUCGGAUAUUGAGUGCCAACUUCCUCGUGCCUCUAUCGAAUCUCUGCUACUCCGUUUACCUCUUCCAUAUGAUACCGGUUGUGCUCACCUAUUUACUGGUACCGUUCCCUAUCAUCUUCGAAAAUCAAUGGGCGAUAUUCAUUCAUUGCUCUGUACAGCUACUGAUUUCGUACAUCUUCGCUCUUAUCUGCACUCUCGUGGCUGAGUAUCCGGCUCACAACAUCGAGAGCAUCUUGUUGAGCCCGAAUCAGAGCAAAACCACAUUGAAGACAAUACCGACUUCAGACUCUGAAUUGCAGCUGAAGAAGUCUUCCAAUCCCUUAUGA